AUGAUCGACAGUUCUAUCGAGCGUGUUUUUGAAGAGAGAACGAAUUCAAAAGCAAUUAACUCAUUCAUUAGAGACAGAGGACGCAAAACCAUACUAUCUGGUGCACUCUACAUCAUAGUACUAUUACAUGACACACAGAACAUACUUGAGGAGCAUAGCAUCCCACUUGCCUUUGUCGAAAACCUCCCUCCAUCCACUGAGGUCCUUGAGUGCGCCGUCUGCUGGUAUCCAACUCCCAAGAAGGCUCUUGACCUUCCUUUGCAUAUCACCCAGAACACUGUCAAUACCCAAGCCAAGGUAUGGAAGCCAAGGGAAUACAAGCGUAUGCAAGGACACUGUACUGUACGGAAGGUUGUAACCAAGCCUGGAGGAUCCUGGAGUGGGUUCCAUUGGGCAAUAAUGCAUUUGACCAUCAGCGCAAUUGCUGCCAUGACAAGCUCGUCUAACCAAUAUCUCGCGAACUCUGUGGGGUACUGCACCUGGGCCAGCAGUGUGAAAAACAAAGGCAAAAAAUCAUCUGAGGUCGCCUCAUUAACAGAAGCUAAUUCCUUCGAAAGGGAAGCCCAUGAAUUUUAG